UAAUGAAGAAAAGCACUAGUCAUCCAUUUUCAUGAGCAAUAAAUCUCAGAAGGCCAUGCAUUGAGAAAAAUCAACACAAAACGAGAUCCUCAACUAGACGUUCUGCUUUUUUCUCUUGUAGCUUGUAAUUCAACUGAAGUUAGCAAGUGCAAAAAUUGAAAUGGUUAUCGGAACAACACUGGAAUCGUCUAAGAAGAUUCGAACGAAAUGAACGAAAAAGUAGCUGUCAAAAGAGUAGUACGAAAGAUUCACUCAGUAUAUAAGAUUCACUCAGUAUUAUCUCUGCAGUAGAGUAGCAAUCAAAGAAAAUCAUCGGAAGGUUUCCUUACGCAACGAUCAGUCGAAAUGUUUCGGGUUUGUAUAGUUGUGCUAUCAGUGAUUGUUUUUCAAGCAUUCGUUCUGACGAUUCCGCUGAACGCUAAUCGAAAUACCACUGAACCACAACUUUCAAAUAAAUCCGACCCGUUAUCAGCGCUCAAGCAAUGGUGUGUCGACACCUCCGGAUCGGAUGCUGGUUUUAGAAGAUUCAUCUCCGCCGUCCCUGACCUCCCUAUUUGCCUCAUAAAUCGCAUUGAUUUUAAUGAAAACCUCGAAGAAGUUCAACAGUUUAUGACCGGCGAUUUCAAACCAUUCCUGAAGAAAAUCUGUUCUCGGUUGAACAAUGCAUUGUCGUGCUACGAUUGGACUAUCGAAGGUCCAAUUUCAGAGCAAACGAUCCAGAAUUUAUUGAUGGGUUCAUUGAUGUUCUUUCAAAUCUUGUGAAGUGUAAUGUUUCUCGAGCUCUGGAAAACAUCGACGAGCAGUGUCAUGAAAUAGACGAUUCGUUAAACUGUGUACGGCCUCAUGUUGAAGCUCAUGGAUUACCUGAAAUGUUGCACAUGAUCGAUUCCAUCAGGAAUCCUGUGAAGGUUGCCUUCAAAUGCAACGAUGCUAACGGAUUACACCUCAAACAACGUAAGCCAGAAAGCUAUGGGCAGUCAAAUGAGUAAAUAAA